UAACUUUACACAGCGAUGUACAUACAAUCACUUAAAAUGGAUAAAAUAAACCUGCUUUUGGUGUACAUUCUACGAAAAUAAUACAUAUUAGUAUGUAAAGAGAUCAUGCAGCAUCUCUGAGACUAAUCGAAAGAAAAAAAUCAACAGCGUGAGCCCCCAUAGACCCCAGUCCACCUCCUCAGAUGAACUUGAUGGAGUGGAAGCCAGGCACAGACAUAUAUAUGCCAUUGGUAUGUGAGGAUGCCAGUUCAAGAGCUGGUAGAGCUGUGGAAACAAAUGAAAACAAUUUACAAUGAACUUGUUUCAUGGCACAUCUGCCUGUUUCAUAAAAAAGUCCAGAUACAAGGGGAAUUUGUUAAAGUCAGAAAAAGAGCUUUGGAAAGGUUGACAACUGAAGUGAUGCAGCUGCAUGACAUUUUGCCCAAACUAGUAAAUGGAGAUGUCUUAGAGAGCUUUCAGAAAUUAGAUGCUAUUGAAACAAUUGUAGAAAGGAAAGAUCAUGAAUUAGAACAGUUGAGAAUGGACUGUGAACACUAUAAAGCCCGCUUAGAAGCAGCACAAGCAGACUGCAUGAAAGAAAAAAAGGAAAAAAUAGCAGCUCGACAGCAGCUGAAUGAGGCAAAGCAACAACUAUUGCAGCAAGCUGAAUACUGUACAGAAAUGGGUGCUGCAGUGUGCACGUUGCUAUGGAGUGUCUCUAGCAAUGAAGAAACAGUUAAAAGCAUUCUAGGAAGUAGUAAAGCUGUGAAGUUCUUUAUUAUUGCUGGUCAAACCAUAGAGAGUUUUGUGAAAUCAUUAAGUGAAGAUAUCAAACAGCAGGAUAUGGAUUCUGACGAAAGUCAGUUUGUAUUAGGUUUGGCAGGGAUUAUUACAAAUGUUGCUGCUUUAGCAUGUGGUCGUGAAUUCCUGAUUAAUUCAAAUCGAGUGUUACUAGAUACAAUGAUGCAACUUUUAGGAGACAUGAAGCCAGGAUGCUGCACCAAACUGAAAGUGCUGAUGCUGAUGUCCUUAUACAACGUGAGUAUUAAUGUGAAAGGUUUGAAGUACAUCAGUGAAAGCUCAGGAUUCUUCCCAUUACUCUGGUGGCUCCUGAAUGAUCCAGAUGCAGAGGUAUGCCUUCAUGUACUACGUCUUCUCCAGUCUGUGAUUUUAGAGCCAGAGAUUUUAACUAAGUCGUCUCCUGAAAUGCGGGACUCCUUGCCACUUCCACGGAUUCAUAUGCUAUCAAAGAGCCGCAAUGCAGAUCUACAAAUCUUGGCUCAAGAACUGCUGGAGGACCUUAAAGUUUUAGAGUAUGAAGUAUAAG